GGUCACGAUACAAUCUCUAGUUUAUCUCGUAACAAGGCCUAGUUAUUCAAGUGCAGUAGUCAUAACUAACAGCCGGAUCUUUCUGGGACAUUCUGUUUUCACGCUCGAAACAGUACGAACAUCCUUUGAUAUUUGAUUGUCGGAUUUCAGCCGCAAAUAUAAAGUCUUCACAGAUAUAAACAGAAUAUAAACCACAAUAUUAAUAGUGACAAUGGGAAGUUUCCAAGAUGAUGUUUCACCUAUAAUGAAGUCAUGCAAAACAAAAGAUGAACUUGAUGGUUUUCGUAAGAAUAUAAAGAAUAAGCUGAAACGUUUCUUCUGUUCGCCAAGUUCGUUAUCGCCAACAAGUCCAUCAACUGAGACGCUAGAGUUUGUUCCCGUGAAAACUGCACUCAAUGCUGCGGGACCCAGUACGUUGAACCAGAUAAAGAAACAGGAUGACGACGAUGCCUAUUCGUUCACUUCCUCAAAGAGAGGACUAGCUGUCAUUAUCAACAACGAAGUAUUUCAUGAACCUAAACAGUUCGAGAAAAGGUCUGGCACAGAACGGGAUGCAGCAGCACUAGAAGAAACUUUGACGGGAAUAGGGUUUGAUGUUUUGAUGGAAAAUAAUUUAACAUCAACACAAAUGACUUGCGUAUUAACUUCUGCCGCCAUAGACUAUGAGCACGCUGAUGCAGAUUGUUUUGUCUGUGUAGUUAUGUCCCAUGGUGACGUCAUGUGGUUUGAGAGAGGCGGCACUUUCAAUAAAAAAAUGGAGAGAAAUGACGUCAUUUUUGGGGUCGAUGGAUUGCCUGUGAAAACUAAAUUUAUCAUCGAUACUUUCAAUAACUGGAACUGCCCCAGUCUGAAAGACAAGCCUCGUUUGUUCUUCUUUCAGGCUUGUAGGGGUGAAAAGCUUGAUCACGGAACAGAGAUUCCUUUACUCAAAGACUUGCAAAUCAGUCUAAGGACCACCUCAUCUUCAAGCGUCUCUUGCGGUUCAAACAAUGGAUACCUUCUUACUAACGACAGCUUAGUGAUGAAAAAUGGCAAAGAUGAAACGGAUUCCAAACCUGAAACCUACAAUGGAACAAAACCUAAUCAACAAGAUAUUUUACCCCAGUUUAGUUCUCCUCAACUACCAGUCCCCCCGCCCUCAUUGUACGAAGAUUGUCUUGUGAUGUACGCGACACCUCCUGGUUAUGCUUCCUGGCGUCGAGAAGAUGGCUCCUGGUUUAUACAAUCUCUUUGUCAUGUUUUGAACAGCCCUCAGGUCGGGUCUGGUAAAGUAAGCCUUUUAAGGGCUUUAACUCAAGUUUCUGGACUAGUUGCUCUCAAGUAUGAGACCUACUCCGAGGAUGAUCCUUCUUACCAUGAAAAAAAACAGCAGCCAGUCAUCUACAGCAUGUUGAUCAAAGAUGUUUUCUUGAAGAGAAGAGUGCCAAUGGGUGCACGGACAAUAAACUACGGGGUGUCAGAAAAAGUUUUCAAUGGUUGUAAUGAAGAACUCAGAAGCAGUGUCUAUGUAUGACGACAAAUAGCUUUGAUCUCAAAGGAAUUUUUUCAUUUAAGCCUUUGUUACUUACAGCCUGGUCAACAAGCUUGCAGCGUUCAAUUCGUAUGAUGUAGUUUAGAACGAACGCUAAUAAGACUCUGGUUGACAAGCAUGCAGCGUUCAAUUCGUAUGAUGUGGCUUAGAACGCUAAAGGGGUCCCUUGUUGAGAAGCAUGUAGCAUUCAAUUAGUAUGAUGUGGCUUAGAACGCUAAAAAAAAAGUCCCUGGUUGAGAAGCAUGUAGCAUUCAAUUAGUAUGAUGUCGUGGCUUAGAACGCUAAAAAAGUGUCCUCCUCAUGCUUUAUAAGUGUCUUCCGAUUACAGAAGAGCAUUACGGUCACUAAUAUCGGCCUAGUGUUCAUGUACAUCCAAGUGUCAAUCACUAACAGCUCCACGCCAUUUUGUGGGAUGUCUUACCUGACAACAUUUUCCUACAGAGUACUACUCAUUUGGUAGGACCUCUGUCUUCACGAACAAUAAGGUUUUUGUGGAGUAGAACCUAUGUUUUAUUUGCGUAUAUUUUAUUACUGCCAUUAUAUUAUUGGAAAGUGAUAUUUUCAUGUAUUACGCUAAACUACUUUGCUGUGAAGUCGGUGGUAUAGAUUGAAAUGAUUUUAAAAUGCAUUUAUUUACCUAUCGCCUGUUAAAGAUAUGGUAUGCUGCCUUAGCCAUGUAUUUCUAUAAAAUAAAAAUAAUAAAAGUUAGCUUUUACUUUGA